AUGGCGCAGGAUCCUCAUCGAAUUACUCAACUAAUCCAAACACUCGAAGCCGCAAAGUCAAAAGGAAGACCAAAGGGCAAAAAGGGAUUUUCUUGCAAGAAGGCAACGUUCCAGGUUGAAAGCUCCCAUGGCAUCACUGUUGACUCCUGGCGUUUCAACGACUGGGACUACAAGCGAGAUGACCUCCCCACCUAUGCUCGUGGACUCUUUACCACCAGGAGAUCAGACGGAACCCCCGAAAUCGCGAUCCGAGGAUAUGACAAAUUCUUCAAUAUCGAUGAGGUCCCCGAAACAAAGUGGGUCAACAUUGAGAACGACACCACUGGCCCCUACGAGCUGAGUGUCAAGGAGAACGGUUGUAUUAUUUUCAUGUCCGGCCUUGAAGAUGGCACUUUGCUAGUUUGCAGCAAGCACUCUACAGGAACACGAGCCGACGUCGACCAGAGUCAUGCCACUGUCGGGGAGAAAUGGAUUAAGAGACACGUCGAAAGUGUGGGCAAGACCACACGGCAGCUAGCAAAAGCGCUGAGAGAUAUGAAUGCCACAGCGGUCGGCGAGCUGUGUGACGAUUCAUUCGAAGAGCACGUACUUGAAUAUCCUCCGGAAGCGGCUGGGCUAUACCUCCAUGGCAUCAACAUCAACGUCCCUGAAUUUGUUACUUUGUCCGGUCCGGAGGUUCACGAGUUUGCCGAUACGUGGGGUUUCAGAAAGGCACAGUAUGUGAUGAUUCAAUCGCUUGAUGAGGUAAAAGAAUUUCUGAAGAAAUGCGCAGAGACUGGCUCCUGGGAAGGGCGUGACACAGAAGGGUUCGUGGUCAGAUGCAAGAAGAGAAGCAGGGAUCGGUCAUUUGCACCAGACUGGUUCUUCAAGUACAAAUUCGAAGAGCCUUAUCUGAUGUACCGGCAAUGGCGUGAAUGCACGAAAGCCAUCAUUUCCGGAAGACCGCCCAAGUACAAGAAGCAUCAAAAGAUUACCGAAGAGUAUUUGAAAUACGCACGGCGGCAACUGGCUAGAGAUCCAUCGUUGGCCAAGGAGUACAACAAGAACCACGGAAUCAUCAAAAUGCGUGAUGGUUUUCUUGCAGAAAUCGGUCAGAAAGGGUCCGAGAUCAUCGCAAAAGAACGCGCUGAAGGUGACGGCGCUGGGCAUCAUACCUCGGUCAGCGAUAUCGUCCUUGUUCCCAUCGCCUCGAUCGGAUGUGGCAAGACUACUGUUGCGACUGCGUUGGUCAAACUUUUUGAUUUUGGUCAUGUACAGAACGACAAUAUCCAGGGACAAAGAGGUCGACCAGCCCGGUUCGCCGCAGGCGUCAUCAAUGCCAUGGCAAGCCACAAAGUUGUCAUUGCUGACCGCAACAACCAUCAGCGCCGGGAGCGACAGCAGAUCAUGGACGAUGUCAGCAAAGUGGUCCCGGACGCACGAUUUGUGGCAUUGCACUACGUCCACGAGCCCAAGGAUCGGAUGCUCGACGAUAUCCGCAAAGUCACCCGCGAGCGUGUACUUGAGCGUGGAGACAAUCAUCAAACUAUUCGAGCAGGAAGCAAAAGUCCGCAGGAGAUCAUUGGGAUCAUGGAAGGGUUCUUGGAGCGCUUUCAGGGCUGCGAUAGGAGCACUCCACCAGAUGCCGGCUUCGACGAAGUAAUUGAUUUGGACGUCUGCGCGUCGUCUCUAGAGAACUUGGAGACAGUCAUCACCCAUCUCUACAAUGCCUACCCCGGACUCCUGCCGGAAGAAAUGCCGAGUGAUGAGGACAUGCAAUCGGCGAUUGAAUAUGCAAUGGGCAGCGAAGUCACGACCAAACAUGACCUCUCAUUCGGCAAGCCCACGAACGGGGACAAGCCUCACAAGCAGAAAAUGGCGGUCCCAAGUCAGCUCGAGGAAAGGCCGCUGACAUUGGACCAAGUGACGGGCAAGCUUGAAUAUUUCAGCAUAUCCGUGCCGACCAGGACGGUUGAAUCGAUUCUAGCCUCCAUGUUCGACCAUGCUUCAGCGGAAGAAGCCCGGAUGUACCGCAUGUUGAAGCAGUCGCGGCGACUUCAGAACGAAUUUCAUGUGACAUUGAUCCAUCGGGCAUCUGCUAGCCAAGAUCCCAGGCUGUGGGAAAUGUACACGGAAGAAUAUCGCAAAGCUAUGGCUGGCAAAGACCUUAAGAACAAGAAUGAGUUGGCGCCGGAUCUGGGGCAAGCCCGAGUCAAGCUGGAGAGAGUCGUCUGGGACGACCGGAUCAUGGCAUUUGUGGUACGCAUUUAUCCUGGUGCGGAGGGACCUUCGUGGCGGAGUGCCAACGCCAUCACACAUAUCACGGUGGGAACAGCUGGGCCGGACAUCAAGCCAAAGGAGAGCAAUGAUCUGCUGGCUCAAUGGGAGUCAGGUGAGACAAAAGGGAGAUUGAUCCACGACAAAGAAGUGCCGGGAGGAGUGAUUCUGGAUGGGAACGUCAGGGUUGUGUUCCAGCGCAACUUUCCACAUGGGAGGUAA